CCCACACGGCCACACCUCCCCCCUCCUCUCGUCCUGCACCCGAAGUUAAAAACUAAUCGCGAUUAGUUGACGUGAUUUGAGGAGGAGGAGGGCCGAGUGGAGGAAUCAACCUAUAAUUUCGUUGGAUUAUUCUGCAGAUAGACGCAGGCGCGUGGCGAUGAUGCGGCAGGGGGCGAGGAAUUUGGCGAGGAGGUUCUCCCGGCUCGCCGCGGCGGCCGAGACGGCGGCAGCCGCGCCGAGAAUGCCGGCGUUCGACCACGUGCCGCUGCCCUACGACGGGCCGAGCGCCGCCGAGAUAGCCCGCAAGCGCGCCGAGUACCUCAGCCCGUCGCUGUUCCACUUCUACUCCAAGCCUCUGAACAUCGUGGAGGGGAAGAGGCAGUACCUGUACGACGAGCACGGCCGGCGCUACCUGGACGCGUUCGCCGGGAUCGCCACCGUGUGCUGCGGGCACUGCCACCCCGACGUCGUGGACGCGAUCACCGCGCAGGCCAGGCGCCUGCAGCACUCCACCGUGCUCUACCUCAACCACGCCAUCGCCGACUUCGCCGAGGCGCUGGCAUCCAAGCUGCCCGGCGACCUCAAGGUCGUGUUCUUCACCAACUCCGGCACGGAGGCGAACGAGCUCGCCAUCCUGAUGGCGCGGCUGUACACCGGCUCCCACGACAUCAUAUCCCUCCGCAACUCCUACCACGGGAACGCGGCCGGCACCAUGGGCGCCACCGCGCAGAAGAACUGGAAGUUCAACGUCGUCCAGAGCGGCGUGCACCACGCCGUGAACCCGGACCCCUACAGAGGCGCCUUCGGCUCCGACGCCGAGAAGUACGCGCGCGACGUGCAGGAGAUCAUCGAGUUCGGCACCACCGGCCAGGUCGCCGGCUUCAUAUCCGAAGCCAUCCAGGGUGUCGGUGGGAUCGUGGAGGUGUCGCCGGGGUACCUGCCGCUGGCGUACGAGAAGGUCCGGAAUGCCGGCGGGCUUUGCAUCGCCGACGAGGUCCAGGCGGGGUUCGCACGCGUCGGCAGCCACUUCUGGGGGUUCGAGACCCACGGCGUCGUCCCCGACAUUGUGACCAUGGCGAAGGGCAUCGGCAACGGCAUCCCCCUGGGCGCCGUGGUGACGACGCCGGAGAUCGCGCAGGUGCUGACCCGGCGCUGCUACUUCAACACGUUCGGCGGCAACCCCCUGUGCACCGCGGGCGGGCUCGCCGUGCUCAAGGUGCUCGAGAAGGAGAGGCUCCAGGAGAACGCCUUCGUCGUCGGCUCCUACCUCAAGGACCGCCUCCGUGGCCUCCAGGAGAAGCACGAAAUCAUCGGCGACGUGAGGGGGACGGGUUUCAUUCUCGGCGUUGAGCUCGUGACCGACCGGCAGCUCAAGACGCCAGCGAAAGAGGAGAUCUGCCACGCCAUGGAACACAUGAAAGAUAUGGGCGUCUUGGUGGGGAAAGGCGGGUUCUACGGGAACGUCUUCAGGAUCACACCCCCUCUGUGCUUCAGCAAGGAAGAUGCUGACUUCUUCGUUGAGGUGAUGGACGUCGCGCUGUCGAAGCUCUGAGCGCUAGCUGGCCCAGACGUUGCAAAGAUGGUCUUGGUGUACCUAUGGAAGGAAUCCUUGCAAACGUUUUAUCAGCUGUAUCUGAGUUUACCUGAAGUAACUGAAAUUGCAAGCUAUCUGACUAUCCCCAUGAUGAAAUCUACAGUAUGUAAUUCCUGGAGAAAGAAAAAAAAUUGAAUCAUGAAACGUAGAUUCAUGAACCAAUGCAAGAUGACGAGGCUGUCUUUGUUACAACCAUUUUAGAUACGUUUGCCGUGUAACGUGCCAGGACUAUUGGGUGGCCCAGUUCGAACUUCCUAUCAGUCAUCCCUUGAAACUAAGGACUAGUUUUGAGUUCUAUUUCCGUGUGGUCACAAUUUUCCGUACUGUCACUCGAGUUCCAAAUACCCUUGCUCGGCAUGUAAUUGCGCAUUGUGAAAAACUAGUGUGGAGUACAGUAUCUUUCUAUGUCACAAAUAGAAGUCCAUUGGAUGUCGACACCAUAUUCAACGUGUCACUUUGACAGCAAAUAUCUAUAAACAAAUAUAUUUCCUCUAA